AUGCCCUGUUUUUGUUCUGUCCAUUUUGAUUUGUAACCAGCAGCUCGAUUUUAUUCACAAACAGCAUGAAUCUUUUACCAUAAAUAUGAUUGCUAAGGUAUGCAGCUGGGAGUCAUGUACAGCAAUUGUUUUUAUGAUGAAUAAUACCAUUUAUUGGUAAUCGAUGCAAGUAUUGGUUGAAACUCGGGUUUUUUUUUUCUCUCUCAAACUCGGGUGACGCUCGAGUGAACUCUCAAUCAAAAACUUAAUAACCACGAUCUGCAAAUGAUAAAUCACUGUCCAUCUUUUUUACCGAGGGACUUGUAGAGUAAUGAUUUGUGGGCGAAGGUAGACAUACCCACAGGACAAAUUGGAGCCCAGCCUGUUUUGUCUCGUCAACCGACCAACCCUACCCGAACCCGUAUACCAAUGGGCUGUUGCGGGUUGUACUUCCUAAGAUCCAUGACCAACGGGUCGAACAGGCCGACCCGUGCAAUAAACAAAUAAUCUUUUUUUAAAACAAAAUGUUGACUAAUGGCUAGUCAAACAAUUAACACAAAUUGACAGGUCCGACCCAGAACCACCCUCUAUGUGCGUAAAUAUGUAUGGAUAUAUACACACGCGUAUAUUAGAAUAUAACCGAUGAAGUUCACUGAGUGUACCAUAGAACAAAGCCCAUGCAGAACCAAACACCCAUAGUUGAUGCAAUGAUGAGUGGAAAGAAUUCAACUCAUUAAUGAUGAGGGCGUAGAAGUCAACCCAUCUUCAUCACUCCCACCAGCCAAACACAGCAUAGGAUACUUUUCAGACAAACAUUCCUAUGUUUUCCCCAAGGUUGCUUAUAACUAGCAGAAUUGAUGUACUAGUAUUACAGAAAUGCCCACAUAUUUUUUCUGUUCACUUCUCAAUCUUUAGAAUGACAAGAGUCCAGAUUUUAUUUUCUCUUUUCUUAAUAUGGCUCUCACUUCAACACCGCUACGCUAUUAGCUCCACCUUUCAAGAAACUAAAUCAGUUAGUUUCAAGACCACCACGGCUGCGUAUAACUUGAGAAACAACAACCGGAUAACCCCGAGAAUCGAGAGGGGGACAGAUGAGAAGAAGAUUCCUAAGAGACCAUCUGGACCGAGCACGGUUGGAAAUCAUCUCCCACCAUCCAAGGCCUGAUGAAAUAAAUGUAGAAAUAAUUCUUGUACAACUAAGUAUACCUUAUUAAUUGUUGGAGGUUAGAAACAAUAGAUCGAUCUUGUGAUCGGAGCAGUUUGUAUGUUAGUUUGAAUUGUUAGAUGAUCCGAUUUAGCUUCUUGUCCGAAUAUGAGCAGAGUUGUCAUUACUAAUAUCUUCUAAAGUUCGUUAUCUUAAGCAGAAACAA